GUCACUCUCGUGCAGCGCAAUUCUUUGGAAAUCACGACAUGGCUUGCUACAGUAUGGGAGUGAUCGGAGCAAUGCUUAAAACUACUCAUUUUCUUGCGGUGGGCACUCCGUGACUGGACUUAGUUCUGCACAGCGGUUGCUAGGGUACAAGUGGGUGCUGUGCUGAGUCGACCUCUGAACGAGGUGAUGAUUAACCUAAUGAUCUGACCGGCCUUCACUCCUACACAAGAUCGGGAUAUUUAAGACUGAACUAAACAGCACAGUUCUACAGCAAAACGAAUGUGGCUGUCUUGUCACAGGAUCAUCUUAAUGAAGUAACUUACUUCCUAUCCGUGGGGUUUCUGAUUGAUGUGAACCCAGACGUUCAUAUCUGAAGCUCGAAACUGUGCAGUAGUUGAACUGAGCAUGUGGAGAUCUGCUGAUAUAUGCUGGAGGACAGGGUAAGGCAAGGUGCAACAGAAAGUAUGCAAGUCCAUUGAAAUGCUUUGCUCAUUGAUUUGGGCGUGGUAAGUCUGACAAUAGUAGAAUCAUUCCAGAAGAGAAUUUCACCAGUUACAGUAACGAAGGCAGAUGAGGUGCUUUGGAUUCAUUCGCGAAUAGCGAGUAAUAACCUCAUCUACGCAUGCAAAGGGGCACACGAUGGAAGCCCGAGGGGGAAGCAUAAACCACUUCAAGUAUCAUCGGAAUCAAGACUUUCUGCACACAAACCUCAGAACUGUUGUCGAGGCUGAUACUACAAUCUUUUCAUUGGUUCGUGGAUAUGCAACUUACCGAGUUUUACCAAGUUCAGAGCUCCUAAUGAUCUUCGUCGAGAUGUGCCCGUACUGUUCUGUCGCAGGGAAACCGGAGGUUGAAUUGUUUAUAGCCGUAUCCAGGAGCUUCGAGUGCAUGCAAACCGCGUUCGGAGCUUCAUGACGUUGCUAUAGUGCUCGUUCCUAGAGUAAGGACAUAGAAUCCACAAAGAGAAAUUCAAUAUGGGACCACUGACCAGCCUAGUGACGUAUCCAAUGCGUCAUUUGCACUGGCAAGGACGAGAGAGGCCACUGAUCUUGGAUUUUAUUCUGAAGCGGGGCGUUAUGUCUAUACAGCACAAUCCGAAGUUAUGUAUGGCCGCCGAAGAUGAUGGAUGCCGACGAUCACCAUGUGAAUAAACUGCUUAGUUUCUUCCCACCUUGGCUAUCUGAAUAUUCACACCCUAGAUAUAAGUCCUCGGUGGUAAUAACUAUGUAUAAUAAAUAGAUAGAUAAAAAUAUUGAAUAUGUGUGUGUACAUAACGGAUUGUCCAGCUCUGGACAGUUGCUUUUUGUCUAGAGGACUGAAGUUCGCAUCCUUUGAUCAAAUUAGAGAUGAAAUUGAUCUAGGACCUAUGGACCGACCAUGCGUGCAACGACACUGCUAUAAUGUUCCAACUCGUGCUAGCUCACUAGGUAUGAACCUAGUGAGCUAGCACGAGACAACUGUAAACUUGACUUUCCUUGUAUGUGGCAAAGCAUC